AGCAGCAGCAGCUGUUUUUAUUCAAGAGAUGAUCCAUUAAAGGAAGGAGGCAGGAUACAUCGUCUUGAGUGGCUUUGGCAGGCUCUGGAAAUCUCUUCCUACACACCAUGGUCCUCGGUGCAGUAAGUGCAGCUCUGGGGCGACUGUUUCCAAAUACUCGCUCUGUCUCCAUCUGCUGGAAAGAGCUGCUGGACCCGACCAGUAUCCGGGAUACACCGAGCUCAGAUGCAUAAAGGAGACACAGCCAAAAUAGCGGAUCGAGGCCCCAGUUUCUUUUUCUCUUUUUAAAUAAUGUGGUCAGUUUACAUGGUAGAAAAUUGGGAGAAAUGAGGGCUUCUCCUCUGCCUUCUCCGCCUCUCGGAUUUGCACGUAUCGCCGAAUUUCCUCCACACCGCAGCCAGUGAAAGCAGCAGCAUCCAGGGAGCCAGAGUCCCCCGCCGUCCUCCCGUGAAACCGUCACGGCGCCGAGGCCAAAAGCGCAUGGGAACAUGGCUGCUAUGAGGACUUUGACCGUGGCGGGGCUGUUUUUGGCGUUCUGCGCGCUGGGCUUGAUCGCCGUGGCGAUCAGCACCGACAACUGGUACGAGACGGACGCCCGGCGACACCGGGAGCGCUGCAAGAAUUACUCCAACAAAAGGAACGACCCAGGCUACAUCUACAUCUCCAACAACAACCUCCCGCUCCGCAUGCUGCCGAGGGAGAAGCACGCAGAGAGGAAGGGCGACAUUCUGCUGCGGGCCAAGAGGCACUUCUUGCCUCCCGCGUCGGCCAUGGAGUCCCUCUGCAGUCGACACUUUAACUCCACCAUCACCGGGCUGUGGAGAAAGUGCCACCGGGAGGGAUUCGACCUGGAGACGGAGGAUUUGAUCUUUAAAGGAUUGGUUCCGCGCUGCACAACCAUAAAAUACUACUACUCUUCUGCAGCGCUGCCCAGAAACCUGCCAAUCAAUCUAACAAAGACCAUCAGGCAGGAUGAGUGGCACGCACUCCACCUCCAGAGGAUGACUGCCAGCUUCAUUGGCAUGGCCAUAUCCAUCAUCCUGUUUGGCUGGAUCAUAGGCGUGCUGGGCUGCUGUCAGGAGCACGAUCUGAUGCAAUAUGUGGCUGGACUCCUCUUCCUCAUGGGAGGGACAUGCUGCAUAAUCUCCCUCUGCACAUGCGUGGCCGGGAUCAACUUUGAACUGUCCCGCUAUCCCCGCUACAUGUUUGGUAUACCGGAGGACAUCAGUCACGGUUACGGCUGGUCCAUGUUCUGUGCUUGGGGCGGACUCGGCCUGACGUUGCUGGCAGGCUUCCUGUGCACACUGGCUCCUUCCCUCUACCCUCCACACACUCCAGUGGCUCACAAGCCCAGACAGGAGAACGGCUGCGUGUGACAGGGCGUGACCACCCAAACAGAUGCUUGUCUCAUCCUGAAACAGUACUGAGCCUCGCUCCGCAGACAGUUUCAUCCAGGGUCUCUGAGAGCCCUUAGACAGAGAAAAAGCACAGGCUCCCAGACAGACAAAAUGAUAAAGAGAAGGCAUUUGACUGAAGUUCAGUUCAUCUGGUGCUUUUUUUCUGAAUGAACUCGUAUGUGUCAUUGCUUGCUCUCCAAGAGGGGGACAUGAUCAUUUCUUCCUAUAAAUUCUGCUACAUCGAGAUGAAGAGAAAUGGAAAAAGAUAAGCUGGCAGAAGUUCAAUAGCACAACUUUGAAAUAAACUGUACUGAAGAGAAAAUUAUUGAUGUGCAUCACCACAUUUCAAAGGGCAACUGUGUAUCAUUAUGUACCCAUUAAAAACUAUAAAUAUGUACAUGUACUUUUUGAAGUGUAUGUAUGCAGAUGCAUUUGUGUUUAUUCAAGGAAAAAAAUAUGAGCAUUAAGACCAAACUGUGUUUGAGGGAAACGUUUUGUUUGUUCUCGAGGUCUUACCUUCAUCAAGAUAUUUUUUUGGAAAAAAAUAAAAAAUAAAAGAGCCAUGCAAAACUAA